AUGGAUCGCGGUUGUGAAAAAGAUUUCUUCGAAAAUUGUGAACUUGGAGACGACGAUGUGUUCGAAGAUAAAGAAGUAAAAUCAAUAGCAAAGGAUUUAAACACGAUGGAAAUUACAAAAUCUGAACCUACUGAAACCGAAAACAAGUUUGAAAGUAAAGAAAUAACUUCAAAUCAGAUGGAUAUUGGUGAUAAAGUUGUAAAUCAACUAUACUUUGACGCAGCAUAUGAUGCGGCCCUAUACGAGGCUUGUGGAGCGAUUGAUAAAAAUAUUCCACCGGCGAAGUCAUCUGGUGCUAAACAAACAAGGGCUGGUGGAACAAAAAUAAUAACUAAAAAUGAUGAAUUUUUUGACACCAAGAAUGAUGCUGAGUUGUACGAAGUCUGUAGAAUGGUUGGAAAGAGCGUUCAACUAACAACGUCGCCAUCGUCUUCACUGGCUGGGCCCCUGAAUCUUGGGCGAUCUGGGGCGAAGAGAAAAAUUAAUGCUAAAAUUGUGGAACCGAAGAGGCCACGUUAUGAUGAAGCAUCCACAUCAAGUGGUAUUCGAGGUCUGAAGUCUAAGUGUUACAAAGAAAAUGUCUGCAGCUAG